CCGUGGACGCACAUUAGCCCGGACCCGGUCGACCUUCUAGGCUGCUGACAAGGCACUGGGGCGAAUUAUUACCUGCAACAUAUAUAUUUUAGCUUUCCUUAAUGCAACUAAUUGCGGGAUGAAAUAAUAGGGAUGGGGGAAGGUUGGGGUGCGAUUACAAUAAUGGACUAAGUUGGAACGUUAUUUUUUGUGUGACUUCAGUGCGUCAGAUAUCAGUGGACGAAGAAGGAGUAGCUUAUGGAAAUGAGGGGAAUUGCACAUUCUGAUCAUCGCUCAAAGCCAGAUAAGAAAACCAUUUCGUAAUCGUCAAUUUGAGAAGCCCAGUUGUAGGACCCAAUCCAAAUGCCUAAUUCUUUAAAUCCACACACUGAUUAAGCAGCCUAAACCACUAAACCAUAUAUUGCCGAAAAGCUUUGGCGCCGUUGAUUUGGAUUUUUUUUUACAGGCGAAUAGAAAAAUAGGCUAACGGUCUGACGACAAAUGAACUUGACGGUCUGGCCAUGGAUUGCGCAAGGACUUAGGAAAAUGAGUAUGUUAAAGGCCCUUGCUGGAAUAUGCCUCCUCCAUGUCACCGCAAUUGUGUUCCUCUUCAUCGCUGUCAUUGACGAUGCAUGGUGGUUCACGGACAGCCUGUACUCAGACAUAUGGGGGCGCUGGGUGAUGGAGCACAAUGAUGAGGUGUGGGUCUACACAGACCUGCCCAGCUCCUACCGGAGAGACUACCUGGGUGCGGUCCAGGCAUUCGCAGUGCUGGCCUGCAUGUUCUUGGUCUUCUCCCUGUUUGCCUUCAUCUACCAGAUCUUCAUGCUGGGCAAAGGCGAGAGGUUCACACUCACAGGGGUACUUCAGCUCUUCGCCUGUUUCUGUCUGAUGGUGUGCCUGUCGGUGUACACGGACCACUUCCACCAGGGGGAGAAGGACGGCUGGUAUGGCUACUCGUACGUCCUGGCCUGGCUGGCCUGGCUACUCGCUCUGCUCACCGGCGCACUGUACAUCGUAGUGAGGAAGAACAUCGAGUAGGAAGAAGAAACACACACACACACACACACACACACACACAGACACACACACACACACACACACACACACACACAAACAGUCAUCCAGAGGCAGCUGACACUGGCACAGAGCAGCAGGAUCAGAUCUGGAACAUCAGUGUAGAACAACAGCCACACCACAUCUGGGCCAAAUCGAUGCCAGAUCCGGGUCAGGCCAAAUCAUGAGUGUUCCAGCGUCAGCUGCCUUCUGGGUAAUGGAGGAAGGAGGGGUGGGGUGCUGGGACUCCUUGGCAGUGCUUCUCAGUCAGGCUCUCAAGGCCAAAAGUACACUUGUGGGGAUAUGGUCCAGAAUGCAGGGUGCGGAUAACAGACGUUUGCGUUAGUAUCUAUCUAUCUAUCUAUCUGUCUGUCUGUCUAUCUAUCUUUCUAUCUUUCUAUCUAUCUACCUAUCUGUCUAUCUAUCUAUCUUUCUAUCUAUCUUUCU